CACAGGGUAGAGGGUGACUGUGCCUGCUGCUAACCCGGGACCACAUGGGGUUGCGCGACCGAGGCGCCGGGUGGUAUCCGCACCGCAGGCAUGGGGCCAACACACGGGACCGGUUGCUCGGGUAGCUGUCCUCCUGGCUGCGACCCUUUGCCCGGCGCCCGCCCAGUUUGGCCGAGUCACCGCCGGCUCCGGAGACGCUCCGCCGCCCUUGGCCAAUCAGAACGCCGGCCGGGGGUGCAGAGCCGUCUUUGGGCAGGCUGCGGCCGCCACGUGGGAGCCCGCCCGAGCUGAGCUGGUGCGACCAGUGAGGACCGGACCCGACCUGAUCCGAGUCACUUGCGGCGACCUCCUCUUCCCGGCGGGAUGUCGAGGAGAAUGCCCAGCGACAGCUCUACCCUGGGGCAAAGACAGAAUUCUUGGGAGUUUUCGUAAAGGUCGCGGAAGGGCGCCUUGACCUUCCUUUUCGUACGUACAUCGAACCGAAUGGUGUUAUCUUUGGAGACCCUCUACCGGGGACCAAGACUCGCCCUCCGAGGCUUUGCGGAGGUGGCAUUUGCCUGAACGGAAAUCCUCCAGAAGAUGAUUUUUAUAAACUGAGCGUACUGUUCCUGGAGUGGCCUGUUGUGAGGAUUAAAUGAGAAAAAUUGAAAAUAUUCUCUUUGGAAUGGGAAAUCCUCUUCUUGACAUCACUGCUGUGGUGGAUAAGGAUUUCCUUGAUAAGUAUUCUCUUAAACUGAAUGACCAAAUCUUGGCUGAAGAGAAACACAAGGAACUGUUUGAUGAACUUGUAAAAAAAUUCAAAGUUGAAUAUCAUGCUGGUGGCUCUACCCAGAAUUCAAUUAAAGUGGCCCAGUGGAUGAUUCAGCAGCCACACAAAGCAGCAACAUUCUUUGGAUGCAUCGGGAUAGAUAAAUUUGGGGAGAUCCUGAAGAAAAAAGCUGCCGAAGCCCAUGUGGAUGCUCAUUACUAUGAACAGAAUGAGCAGCCAACAGGAACUUGUGCUGCGUGCAUCACUGGUGGCAACAGAUCCCUUGUAGCUAAUCUUGCUGCUGCCAAUUGUUAUAAAAAGGAAAAACAUCUUGAUAUGGAGAAAAACUGGAUAUUGGUAGACAAAGCAAGAGUUUAUUAUAUAGCAGGUUUUUUUCUCACAGUUUCCCCAGAGUCAGUUUUAAAAGUGGCUCACCAUGCUUCUGAAAACAACAGAAUUUUCACUUUGAAUCUGUCUGCACCAUUUAUUAGUCAGUUCUACAAGGAAUCAUUGAUGAAAGUUAUGCCUUAUGUUGACAUACUCUUUGGAAAUGAGACGGAAGCUGCCACUUUUGCUAGAGAGCAAGGCUUUGAGACUGAAGACAUUAAAGAAAUAGCCAAAAAGACACAGGCUCUUCCAAAGGUGAACUCAGAGAGGCAGCGAAUCGUGAUUUUCACCCAAGGGAGAGAUGACACCAUACUGGCUACAGAAAGUGAAGUCACCGCUUUUGCUGUCUUGGAUCAAGACCAGAAAGAAAUUGUUGAUACCAAUGGAGCUGGAGAUGCAUUUGUUGGAGGUUUUCUGUCUCAGCUGGUCUCUGACAAGCCCCUGACUGAAUGCAUCCGUGCUGGCCACUAUGCAGCAAGUGUCAUAAUUAGGCGGACUGGCUGCACCUUUCCUGAGAAGCCAGACUUCCACUGAUGAAAAAGCAGGAAACCGCAGCCCAGGAGUACAGACACUGCCCUGAUGGCUUCCUGAGAAUUCCCAUAUUAAUAAAGAAGAAAAUUAAAUGCUACCUUUCCUACUAUAAUAAUGUUCAUCUUAAUUUAGAGGGUACAGUAGUACACACUAGAAUCUUUAUUCUCUCAGCAACCUAAAAUCGGAGGUUUAUUUCCAUAGUUUGAUAGUGCCACUUAAAUGUCAAUUAAACAGGAAUAUAACAUUUCAAUAGAAAUUUUGUUUCAUUUUUAUUACUUUGUAAAUUCAUGUGUACUUAGUAAAGUGAUCAUUUUUUUACAUUUCUGCUUUGAAUGCAGACGCAAUUUAAUAUGAUAGAUUUUUUAAAGGAAUUAAAGAUAAUAUCAGUAUAUAAAUCUUUAGCUUUUAUACAAGUAUAUUUAAUUCAGAAGUGUGUGUACAAAUAUAUAUACACACAUAUGUUCAUAUAUGUACCACAUAUAUACAUGGUAAAUGGUUAAAUAAGGUACAGAAAUAUUUAUCAUGCCAAGUUAUGCCAAGUAAUUUCUUCAGUGUGUACUCAAACAUGUAAUAAACUUUGGAUAAUUAAAUAAUUUGCCAAAUUAUAAGCUAUAUUACAAUAUUCAAGUCAUAAUCUUAUAUUUACUUAUGGUACUCUGUAAUUUGAUACAAAUAAAAACUUGUCAUAUGGGACUUUUUUUCUGUCUUUGCCCUGUGCUCUGCAAACUAAGGAAGAAAGAUCAUUGUUUAAUCCUGGGUCCUGAAAUAAUAUCUGUUUUGUUGAUGGAGACAGAAAGAACAACAUAACACAUUGAAAAAUAACUUAGUAUUAGAGACCAGUAAGCCACUGUUUUAAGGAAGACAAAAUGGU